UUCCCCCCUCAUAUCCUGUUUCUGCUCAUUCAUUAAAUGUAUUAUCAUAAUAUAUUGGUAAUAGUACUAGUUUUGGAGCACCGCACCUUAAAAUCGAUUGGGCGCCGUGGAAUCGUCGUCUUUAAAUUAUCGCACCGUUUCAGUGCUCCAAAAACAUUACUAUAAAACGUUAAAACCCAAAAAACAAUGAAACACGGCGAGUCGAGGUCACAAGACAGAUAUCUAGCUGAGCAAACCUGGCUUGCUUGUUCUCUACCCAAUUCCAGAGAAGCCAAAAAUGUCGGAACUUCCUGUGGAUGUAAUCGUCGACAUACUAUCAAGAUUACCGGUGAAACCCCUUUUACGGUUCAGAUGCAUAUCGAAAUCAUGGCAUGCUCUGAUCGACAGCCCAGAUUUCAUCAAAUUGCAUCUAAAUCGAUCCGUCGAAACCAACACCAAUCGCAGCAUCAUUUUCAGAGAUUGCGGGCUCCACUCCAUAGACUUUGACUCUCUCGAUGAUGAUCCCGUAGAGCUUGUCCACCCAUUGAAGAAUGGAGGAGGUUUUGAAGUAGUUGGUUCUUGUGAUGGCUUGCUCUGUUUGUGUUACUCAGAGAAAGACAUUACCCUGUGGAAUCCUUCAACCCGGAAACACCAUAAGUUACCAAUCACACCAAUUGAGUUCCCACUUGAAUGUGGCAGCAUUAAUCAUUUUAUAAUUUACGGGUUUGGAUACGAUUCUGUCAGCGAUGACUACAAGGUGGUGAGGUUAAUAGAGUAUUAUGACAGAUAUUAUGACUCACUUGGUUCUGAAGUUAAGGUUUACAGUCUGAAGUUGAAUUCGUGGCGAAGAAUUCAAGAUUUCCCUUAUUCCUUCAGGACAUGGGGAGUGAAUGCUGUGCUCGCUAGUGGGGCUUUACACUGGGCUGUGUAUCAAAUAACAGAGGGCAGCUUGAUUGCUGCUUUUGAUCUUGGAGUUGAGGAAUUUCGGUUCAUGCCACAGCCGGAUUAUUUGGAUAAGAAUGGUGAGAUAUUUCUGGAGGUUCUAGGAGGAUGCCUUUGUAUAGUUAGCUACCAUGUCAGGACCUGUGAUGUUGAUAUAUGGGUGAUGAUGGAGUAUGGAGUUAAGGAAUCUUGGACUAGAUUAAUUUAUGUUGCACAACCGUCUUUCUUAUAUAUGAGGCCUUUGGCUUAUUCAAAGAGCGGUGGGGAAGUACUAGUGGUAGAGGACUGUGGAAGGCUUCUUGAGUAUGAUUUAAAAACGAAAACAAUAAAAAAUAUUGAGAUUCUCGGUACUCAUAUUUGUUUAGGAAGCCACACAGAUGUUCACGUGUGUUUUGGAAGCCUUGUUCCGCUUCGUGUUGAUGAUGAGAUCAGCAAGCAGAAAGAUGAGGUGAAGAAGAAAAGGAGAAAAAUAGAGGCAUAAGUUGGCUCCGCGGGCUCUAAUGAUCCUCAGCAUUUCUAGCUUUUUCUCAGCCGAUACACAAAUUUCAGGCAGAAGUUGGUUUCAGAAGCUCUGAUUAUCAUCUACUGUUCAAGUUUCUUCAUCGAGGUUACACAAAACUUGCUUGAAGUGAUAUUGUUUUACAGGGAGAACAAUAAAUAUGUAUACCACAUCGUCAAGUGCUUAUUUGCCAUUGCUCGAUGAUACAGCUGUUGUCAUAAUCCUUGUUUGUCUCAAAUACAUUUGUAUUGUCUACUUCGAUUCUCUCAAUUAAGAUUGAAGUGUUUCAAAUCUA